UGUCUAAUAUAAAUUGUCAUUUGUCAUCUAAAGCUUAAGUCAAAACCACAUGGAUAAUUUUGGUUUUCAGGCUAUGCUUCACUUUCAAUAACAUAAAACAAAAUUUAAAAUAGGGAAAUGGCUAAAUUUCAAAGUUAUUACAUCUUGUGUCCAUUGAUUGAUCAGAACAGUUUUCUCGGUGUUACCGAAGACAAAGAAAGUGAAAAUGUUGUUGUUACCCUAAGCCGAAAUGUUGUCAACAAAUACAGGCUCUCUGACCAGAAGCAAAUCGGAGGAUGGACAUCUAAGGAUCACAUUACAGCUCCAGUGAUUUACGAUAAGGAACAGGAGUCCUACAUUGGUGUAUUCAACAAAAAUACGAUAAAGUCUUGGAAGAAUGAUGAUGACAAUUUAGAUAAAUUGAAAAAAUACAAGUUUUCUAUCAACAUUCUUAAACUAGUAGCAAGAACAAAUGAUACAGCUUUAAUAAUAUUUGAAAAUGGCAACUGUGCAUCUCUUCCAUAUGGAGUGGAUAACAGGAAAACUUAUGAAAACAAACUACUUAUAAAAGAAUCGGAGACAAUAAUUGAUGUGGCUUGCUGCUCAAUAGACAAGAAGGAAUAUGUUUGUUAUGUUUUAAAGAAUAAGAAGGAUGCCUAUGAAAUUCUUACUUGCCCAAUACGAGAGGAAUUGGGGGACUUGGAAAAGGCAAAGCUGAACCGUAUAAAAGUCACAAGAUCCGAGGAUGUUUAUGUAGUUGGUCAUCUGAUAUGCACCCACAGUAAAAAUAUAUACAUAUUGUGGAGUGACUCCAAAAUGGGCAUAUAUGAUAUAAAAGAAAAGUCCUGGAAAGUAACAUUUUCAAUACCCUGGAUUUCUACAGUCUCUGAAGUGUCUGUCGCAUGGAUGGGAGACAACAAUUUGAUAUUCUUUGGAAGCAAUACUGAACAAGAUGGAGCUAUCCUAGUAGCUUAUAAUGUGGCAUUGGGAGUUGGCUCAUGCAAAUAUCCCAUGAAAAUGUAUACACAACAUGCUAAACUCUAUUGCUUCAACAGCAGAAUUCUCCUACAAGCGUCAAAUCACAUUGGAAUGUUGCCAUACAUUUUGGAAACAGACAGAAACCUCUCAAGUCUUCUAGGUUCCCAUGAUGCACAAGAGAAUCAAACAGUCAUAGCCGAUUGGGGUACUUCAGAUCAACCCUUAUUCAGAAUUAGUAAUGAAAUGCAGGAAUUGUUACUUAAAGGAUUGUCAGAACGUAGUAUUUUUGCUCAGAUCAUCCCAUCUGUAGUGAAAACUAAUGAUUUUAAUCAUAUCUUGAAAGCAUUACUUGAAUUCCAAGAUAUACCUGAAUCAAACCUAGUUAUGUUACUAAAUUAUACAAUCAAAGAAAUGAAUGUGGACCAUAUUGAUAUAACAAAUGAAGAUGAAUUUUUGAAUUUUUGUUCAUCACAGCUUGAUUAUUCUGAGGAUAAAUAUGAAUUAAUCCCGAAAUUUGUUCUGUUGAACCAUCUCCUUAGAACAUCGUUUAGUGAUGCUCUAAUGUUACCACAUUUACAAAAUGGCAUGUCUUUAGAUAAUGGGCUGUUUUUGUUGAGCUACAUAGCAUAUUUAAUUACAGAAACAGACUUGUAUAUAGCACAUGAAAGUAUAAUGUAUGAUUGGUGCACGUUACUUCUAGAUGCAUUCUACCAGCAAUAUCUAAUGAUAAAAGAUGAAAAAGUCAGUUAUGUACUGGAGAAAGUUCGAAAAAUUGUUGUGGGACUUAUUGACAACUUGAACAAUGUCAGCAGUGUUAUGCCUGAGUUAGAUAAAAUAAUUAACAAAAGUCAGGUGCCUGAAGAAAAGGUUCUAUCAACAUAUACUAUUGAAUUGUUGAAUAUAUAAGUUAAAAAAU